AGCACCGGGAAGGGCUGAGGGGCGGGAAGGCCGCGGAGCGGGGCUGACCGGAGAGACCGGAGACGAGAUGCAGGACCCCAAUGCGGACACUGAGUGGAAUGACAUCUUGCGCAAAAAGGGCAUCCUGCCUGCAAAGGAAAGUCUGAAAGAGUUGGAGAAGGAGGCAGAAGAGGAGGAGCAGCGAAUCCUCCAGCAGUCAGUGGUGAAAACAUAUGAAGAUAUGACUUUGGAAGAGCUGGAAGAAAAUGAAGAUGAAUUUAGUGAGGAGGAUGAACGGGCUCUUGAGCUGUACAAGCAGCGGAGACUGGCUGAGUGGAAAGCAAGUCAGCUGAAGAAUAAGUUCGGAGAAGUUUUGGAGAUCUCGGGGAAGGAUUAUGUUCAAGAGGUUACCAAAGCCGGUGAAGGCUUGUGGGUCGUCUUGCACCUUUACAAACAGGGGAUUCCGCUGUGUGCCCUCAUCAAUCAGCACUUCAGUGAGCUGGCCCGGAAGUUUCCUGAUGUCAAGUUUGUCAAGGCCAUUUCAACAACGUGCAUACCCAAUUACCCUGAUAGGAAUUUGCCCACUAUAUUCGUAUACCUUGGAGGUGAUAUCAAGGCACAGUUCAUUGGUCCUCUGGUGUUUGGUGGCAUGAACCUGACAAGAGAUGAGCUGGAGUGGAAACUCUCCGAGUCUGGAGCCAUCAAGACAAACCUAGAGGAGAACCCCAAGAAGCCCAUUGAAGACAAGCUGCUCUCCUUAGUGCGGGGCCCCGUCCCCAUGAGGAGAGCCAGCAGCUCCGACAGCGACUGAACCAGCGCCGCAGCUGCCCGAACUUUCCCAACGUUUUUGGUGUGACAUAGCAUCUGGAUGUAUCGUCAGAA